UGUACAGUUUUUUUUCAGUGGUUGUUUUCAUUGUCCCUUUAUCAUUUCACUCGAGUUUUCCAACGUUUAGAGCAUUGGCUUGAUUUCGUAGCUCAUCGCACCAGGCCUGCCCCCAGUCCAUUUUUUUAGUGCAUGCACGUUCAUUGUCCUAGUAAAGCUGUCAACUUCUCAAAGUCAGUUAAUUCAUUUGUUCCCGCCCUGCUCGUCUCGUUCAUUUCCCCCCCUAAAGUUUCCCCUUAUUUAUAUCUAAUGCUUUGUAUUAUCGGGUUAUUAACUCCAGAACAGGAGCUGACGGGCAGUAAGCUGCUCGUUACGGUAUAUCGCUAAGAGCUGGAUCUAGGCUGUUUAAAUAUUUGAUCCCGUGAUGGCAACCCCUCCCACUGACGUCACUUUGGAUCGGAUUAACCCCGCCCCCGAUGAUGGGAGUAGUCCUGAAGGGGUUCCCUGUAUGGAAGUGAAAUGCUGUGUAUUUAAUUUAAGGGUUUAGUUCUUUAAGGGUGUAAUGUGUCCUUAUAGUAAUGUUUAGAUGUUGAAGGGUGUAGUUUCCUGAUUAAACAAAUAGGUCGCAGUUGAAAUGUGCAUCAUUCACCUCACAAAUUCUCUGGGUAAUGCUAGAUCUAUCUAUUUAUCUAUCUGUUAAGAGCAAAUGAACCAAAGUAUAAGUUUUUAAGCUCCUGUUAAUAUAGGCGCUCAUAAAAUACUAGACUAGACAAGAUGAACCUGUGGUACAUACGUUGUUAAAAGACAUCUGUAGAAAGCAUUGUCACAAUAUGUAUAGUUUUUAAGUCAAAUGUAUAAUUCAUAAUAUGAAUGCCUAAUGUUAUUAAUGUUAACUGAUAGCAUUGACGUAGGAUACCUUUCUAUGUGGAGCUUGUGACAUGUGCUUACCUGUGGUAUAAUUUCCUUAAAAAUCCUCAGAAGCACAAGUCUGCUGCUCUGACAAGUCUUUUAAAAUGGAGGACGGUGAAUUGGAGGAUGGCGAAAUUGAUGAUGAAGGGAUUGGGAUUGAAGAAGAAAAUGAAACGAAGGUAGAGCCUGAAGAUUUAGAAAAAGACAAAGAAAAGGAGAAAGUUCGGGAGAAAGAUGAUAAAUCGUAUCGGCACGCCCAUAAGAGACACAGGAAAAUCAAAGAAAAACGAAAGUUAAAAAGAAGACGAAGAGAUAAACAGAAGCAUCACUCCCCUUCUAGUGGUUCUAGCUCUGACGGUUGCAAUACUGAUCAUGAGCAUCCAGACAGACACAAGAGCAAAAAGAUCAAAAGCAUCUACAGAGACUAUGACGGUCGGUUUGCACAGCGUGACCAUGAACCUAGCGGAGGUCAUGGAAAACCACCAAGAUCAAUACAGCGCAAAAACAGUGAAAGUGAGGAGAAAUAUGAUUAUGAUGAUGAUCAGGAUGACUUCUGUGAGGAGCUUUCCAAAUACAAACAAGCCAAAGAGGUGAAACCACCAUUAACCACAUCCAGCAAAGCAGGGUCAUCAAAAGAGCAGGGGACAAAGUCCAGCAUGAAAGGGCAGCAGUUUGGUGGCCCAUGUGGUCGUGGAUAUGGUGGAGGAAAUUCGGGCAGGGGGCGUGGUGUGCUAAACAAGAAAAUGAAGGGCAAAAACUGGGGCCGUGGCCGUGGCAGAGCUGGAGAACUUGGAGAAAGUGGCUGUGGAACAAAAGCGGAAGUACAAGGCCAACAGUGUUUCCAGAAAAAACGUCCAAUCAUGAGCCAAGAGUUUAUCAAUCAACACACGGUUGAACACAAUGGCAGAAACGUCUGUAAAUAUUUCAUCGAGGGCAGAUGCAUUAAAGGGGAUCAAUGCAAGUUUGAACAUGAUAAUGUAGUCCCAGAGAAGAAAAAAGAACUUUGCAAGUUCUAUGUCCAGGGGUACUGCACUAAAGGAGAAAACUGCAUCUACAUGCACAAUGAAUAUCCUUGUAAGUUCUUCCACACUGGAGCAAAGUGCUAUCAAGGAGACCACUGCAAAUUCUCCCAUGAUCCUUUAACUGAGGUUACAAAAGAAUUGUUAGACAAGAUUUUGAACACAGAUGAGGACCAUGCCAAUGAAGAAGAGCAGGAACUGGAGGACCUGAGGAAGCAGGGCAUAGUUCCUUUGCCCAAACCACCUCCUGGUGUGGGGCUUUUACCAACACCAGGCUCAGGGAGUCCCCAGGAUGGCAGCAAAAAGAUCCCCUCUCUAUUUGAAAUUAAAGUCCAGCCAACUGUGGACCUGGCACAGAAGAUUGCACUAAGGCCAAAUUUCUACAAUAGCAGCUCUCCCCCAUCCGGACAGUUUCAGGGUAGUGCAGGAUCUGCCCAGGAGCACAUGGAGACUGAAAGCAUGAUGUCCCCAGGCCACAGUCAUUCUAUACUGCCACCUGAGUCCCCUGGAUCUAUGGGUGGUUGUGCUCUUCACUUUCCAGGCCUUCCCCAGAGUCCAACACAAGCGCUGCCUCAGGGAUAUGGCCAGUGCAUUCUCAUGCCAGCCACAGGACUGCAAGGUCAGCCCUCAGUCUUCCAUCAGAAUAAAAAUCCUCAGACGAACCAGCAGGGGGCACUAUUCAAGGCUGGCGGCCAGACAGACAUACCUUUUCAAGCUAUGAGUCAGAUGCCAUCAGAGUUUUUCAAAAGCUUGUUCAGUGUCCAGCCAGUUGGCUUAACAGAAGAAGCCCAGACAGGGUCUAUGCAGGAUCCUCAGCAGCACCAGGAAGGUAGUGCCCAGUCCCUCAGUGGCAUGCAGGACAUCUUGCCAGCUGUUCAAAAAGCUUUGCUUCUACACCUGAAUCAAACUCAACAGGACUCUGACUCCCACAGAACUGAGGGACAGGACUCCAUACCAUUAAGCAAAGACAAAGAUGAAACCACAAAUUGGUAUUCCAGUGAAGAUGAGGAUGGCAGCAGUGUAACAGCCAUCUUAAAGACACUUAAAAAGCAGAAUGAAAUGCUGCAGACACAGCAGUCCCAACAGGCUAAGCUUCAGCAGUCGGCCAUGCCUGUGGCCCCCUUGAAUGACCCCCGGCUUCAUAAGGAAAGGGCUCUGUUUGAGCAUCGACAGCAUGCUCCAGAUACUAAGAGAGAAUCUGAAGCUGUAAUUGACCCCAGAUUAGCCAGGGAUAGUCACAAGCCUUCAGAACCUGUGAACUCCAAGGCGGGUCCUCAUUAUCAUCCACAAGCUAGCUCCUCUUUGAUUCAAAAACAUUCUGGUGGGGAUGAGGAUGAGGAGGGAGAACGUGAGCUGAGGGAGCGAGCUGCCCUAAUCCCGCUUGAUCCCAGUCCUGGAGCUGUGCUGCGUGACCCUCGCUGCCAAAUCAAACAGUUUAGCCACAUCCGCGUUGACAUUCUCCUUCAGCGACCAACCUUCUCUCACAAUGUUGUCUGGGCACCUGAGGAUCUCAUACCACUGCUGAUCCCUAAGCAGGAACCCUCUAUUAAUCUUCCUCUGCCACCCCUUAUUGCAGAUGCCCAGUUGAACCGCAACCUCUCCACCACUUCAGACCUCCCAUUCUCUACCGUGAAUCCUCCAGACCCACGUCUGGCAGCUGCCCGUCUUAGAGAAGAUGUAGAUGCCCUGGGCAUUCCCCAUGGCAGGACGCUGCAACCUCGACUAAACUCUGAGAAACCAACAGAUCCCCGGACUCAUAAAACUGGAGAGGCUAGGAUAAAUCGGUCUGGGAGCCUGGACUCAAAGCUGCCCAUCAAGAGAGAAGGUUCCUCUGGUGCAGGGGUUUCAGAUCCAAGAUUACAGCGAGGUGCAUCACGUCAGUCCGCCACUUUGGCUAGACCUGAUUCGGAGAAGCUGCCCCCAUAUGCCCCUCGCUUGGCAUCUUCCACAGGUAACAAUUUGGAAAUCCCCACCACACUGCUUGGGGGCAUUAGCUUGUAUGAUCCACGUAACAACACAUUGCUUUUACCAAAACUAGAGCCAGAGGAGCCCCUAAAAAAUCCAGGCAUCUUGAAGCAGGCAGAGAAAUGCGAGAGCCUUCCACUGCCACAGGUGCCUGAAAAAAAGAGUAAAGAUGUACAAGAAGUCUUAGAAACCCAGAGCAAUGGUUCUCAGCCAGGCCAGACCAUGCCAAUGGCAGCAGCAGCUCCUUCCUGCUCCCCGGUACGUACAGCAGCACCCGCCAUGCACAACCUUCCAAUCCAGCAACUGGCAGGACUCAUACGUCCAGCUUACACAGACAGCCGACAGAACAGAUCUACUGGACAGGCUAGUGGAGCCCAAGAGGAAGAAAUGGAUAUGGACAAAGAAGUUGAGAAAAAGGGCAGGCCAUUAAGGGAUGUAUUUAAGACUUUUGACCCCACAGCCUCACCAUUCUGUCAGUAAACAUUUUUGUGUUGAGACCCCUGUCAGUCUCUUUUAAGAAUUCACGUCACUGUAUAUGUUUCAUUCUUUAUUUAUUUUUUAUAUACACUUCACGAUGUCACAUGGCCUGCAAACAUGUUAUCAAUUUAAGUUAGCAACAAACAACAAAUGUAUGACACAUGCUCCUCAAAUGGUCCGUGAAAUUUAUUUAGAAUAAAUGUGUUUAGAUCAUUUACAAGUGUACAGCUAUUUAUACGGAGAUUGUUUGAGGGGAACUGUCACUGUGUGGUUAAAAAUAAUGUAUAGUGGUACAUAAACUAUAACAGUUCAAUAUCUUAGAUCUGUGUAUUACAUAAAAGUGUAAAAUUAUGCUAAGACAUUUUAUGAAGUAAUACUGUGCAAAGCUUGUAAUUAUUUAAAAGUAUACGUGAACAUGUGGCUAAUGUACUACAGCUAGAUUACUUCUCAAUCAUUUGUGAUACUUUGUGCUGAAGAGACAACUCGAGCAAGAAAAAUUAAAGACCAAAAUUCAUGUAAAGGAUUUUAUGAAAUCUGUAGCACUUUAUUUUCUAGACAACAUUUUAGUUAAUGGUUGAUUGUGUUAGGUGUUUUUCCAUAUCUUUAAACUGAAUUGUUUUGAUUACCUGUGUGAGAAUGGUUGUCCAUCACCUUGCUUUUAUAUUGUCUUAAAUAAACUGCAAAUGCUGUGACUUUUCACAUA